AUGUCUCUUCUUUCUUUUUUCUUCUUAUUGGGUCCUUCGUUUUUCAUUGUUUUCAUAACCGCUUCCACUGAAUUUGACUUUGGAACGUUAACUCUUACAAGCCUCAAACUUCUCGGUGAUGCUCAUUUGAACAACGCCACCGUUACUCUCACACGUGACCUCACUGUUCCUUUCUCCGGCGCCGGCCAAGCUCUGUAUUCCCGUCCUGUCAGGUUCCGGCAACCGGGAAAUAACAUUCCGGCGAGUUUCACCACUUUUUUCUCUUUCUCGGUUACCAAUUUGAACCCUUCUUCCAUUGGUGGUGGUCUUGCGUUUGUAAUUACACCUGAUGAUGAUUCACUCGGUGACGCCGGGGGUUAUCUUGGUCUUGCUGCUGAUGGGUUUGUAGCGGUUGAAUUUGAUACUUUAAUGGACGUUGAAUUUAAGGAUAUUAAUGGGAACCAUGUUGGGGUUGAUCUUAAUAGUGUUGUUUCGAAUAAAGUUGGUGACUUGGAUUCAAUUGGGAUCGAUCUUAAGAGUGGCGACACGGUGAAUGCGUGGAUUGAUUAUGAUGGAUCCAGUAAUGAGUUUAAUGUUUGGGUUUCUUAUUCUAAUCUUAAACCGAAAGAUCCAAUUUUGUCUAUGAAUCUUGAUAUGGGUCAGUACUUGAGUGAUUUUAUGUAUGUUGGGUUUUCUGGUUCAACUCAAGGUAGUACAGAGAUUCAUAGGGUUGAAUGGUGGAGUUUUAGCUCGUCUUUUGUUUCGUCGGGUGAUCCUUCCGGUUUGCCGCCUCCUCCGGCUGUUAGUUUGAUGAAUACUACGGCGAGUUCGACGAGGUCGCCGCCUCCUUCUAUGGCUCCUUCGAUGAAUCAUUCGAAUGAAGAAAGAAAGGAGAGUAAGAAGAAUUGUCACAAUGGGUUGUGUAAACAGGGUUUGGGAGCUGUUGCUGGUGUUGUUACUGCUGGGGCUUUUGUUUUAGCACUUUUUGCUGGCUCUAUGAUUUGGUUUUAUUCUAAGAAAGUGAAGCGCGUGAGUAGAUUUGAUUCUCUUGGAUCAGAGAUAAUCAAGAUGCCUAAGCAGUUUAGCUACAAGGAGCUUAAGACUGCUACAAAGUGUUUCAAUGCUAAUAGGAUUAUUGGUCAUGGUGCAUUUGGGACUGUUUAUAAGGGAAUUUUGACUGAGAAUGGUGACAUUAUUGCUGUGAAGAGGUGUAGUCAUAGUAGUCAAGGUAAGAAUGAGUUUUUAUCUGAGUUGUCUAUAAUUGGUAGUCUUAGACAUCGGAAUCUUGUUAGACUUCAAGGAUGGUGUCAUGAGAAAGGUGAGAUUCUGUUGGUGUAUGAUUUGAUGCCUAAUGGUAGUUUAGACAAGGCUUUGUUUGAAGCUAGAACGCCUCUUCCGUGGCCUCACCGCCGAAAGAUUUUGUUGGGUGUGGCGUCUGCUUUGGCUUACUUGCAUCAAGAGUGUGAAAAUCAGGUAAUUCAUAGAGACAUCAAGACGAGUAACAUAAUGUUAGACGAAGGAUUUAACGCGCGUUUGGGAGAUUUUGGAUUAGCUAGACAAACUGAGCAUGAUAAGUCUCCGGAUGCCACGGUGGCUGCUGGAACAAUGGGGUAUCUAGCACCCGAGUAUCUCCUUACGGGUAAAGCCACUGAGAAAACCGACGUGUUUAGUUAUGGUGCUGUGGUUCUUGAGGUGGCAAGUGGGAGGAGACCCAUAGAGAAAGAUGCUGCUGGUGUUGGAAAAGUUGGAGUGAGUAGCAAUUUGGUGGAAUGGGUUUGGAGUUUACAUAGGGAAGGAAGGUUGCUGAUGGCGGCUGAUCCGAGGCUCGAGGGAAGGUUUGAUGAAGCGGAGAUGAGAAGGGUACUCUUGGUUGGGCUCGCUUGCUCACACCCUGAUUCUUUAUCUAGACCAACAAUGAGAGGUGUGGUUCAGAUGCUAGGGGGUGAAACUGAAGUGCCAAUUGUCCCGAGAACAAAGCCUUCUACGGGUCUCAAUAUUUCGCACUCUCGCCUCUUAAUAAGCUUGCAAGAUAGUGUAUCUGACUGCGAUGGUAUAAUCUCCAUUUCUACUUCCACAUCCGAGAACAGCUUCAAUGGUGGAGAUAUAGUUUAA